UGCCGUGGUCACGCAGCUUUCCUUCCACCCAUGAAGACAGAAGAAACUGGAGGGAAGAUUAUAGGUAGAAGUAAAUGUGUGGCCUUUGGUACCCUUUGUUAGGUUUGAGAUGUGGAGGUACUGUUGGUGCGAUUCUGACAUGUCCACUGGAAGUUGUGAAAACACGAUUGCAGUCCUCCUCUGUAACUCUCUACAUCUCUGAAGUCCAUCUCAACACUGUGAAUGGUGCUAGUGUCAAUCGAGUAACUAGAGUUUCUCCUGGACCUCUCCAUUGUUUGAAGAUGAUCUUGCAAAAGGAAGGUCCUCGUUCUCUGUUUAGAGGGCUGGGUCCUAAUUUAGUAGGCGUUGCUCCUUCCAGAGCGAUAUAUUUUGCUGCUUACUCGAACUGCAAGGAGAAGUUGAACAAUAUUUUCAGUCCAGAUUCUACCCAGGUACACAUGAUUUCAGCUGGUGUGGCAGGUUUUACUGCGAUCACAACAACUAAUCCCAUUUGGCUAGUAAAGACACGAUUACAGCUUGAUGCAAGGAAUCGUGGAGAAAAGCGAAUGAGUGCUUUUGAAUGCGUUCAAAAAGUUUAUCGAUCAGAUGGUAUUAAAGGCUUUUACAGAGGAAUGUCAGCAUCCUAUGCAGGCAUAUCUGAGACUGUUAUUCAUUUUGUUAUUUAUGAGAGUAUUAAGAGAAAACUGCUGGAGUGUAAGACUGCUUCUGCCAUGGACAAUGAGGAUGAAUCUACAAAAGAAGCUUCAGACUUUGUUGGAAUGAUGAUGGCUGCUGCUACUUCCAAAACUUGCGCAACAUCAAUAGCAUAUCCCCAUGAGGUUGUCCGAACAAGACUAAGAGAAGAGGGAACAAAAUACAGAUCUUUCUUCCAGACACUAUCUUUGCUUGUGCGAGAAGAAGGGUAUGGAUCCCUCUACCGAGGUUUAACUACACAUCUGAUCAGACAGAUUCCAAACACGGCUAUCAUGAUGUCAACCUAUGAAGUGGUAGUGUACUUGCUUGAUGGAUAGCGGUGUGACAAGGCUUCCUAGAAGAAGAUGGAAAAUGGAAAGACUGGAGUGGACCAUUGAAUGUCAAUGCCAAUGUGGUGGGCAAAAGGAACGUUAUAUCAGGAACAUGCAGCUAUGGACAAAACAGGAGGUUGAUUGUGGGCAACUGAAUAAUUUUGCUGCCUUAUUGUAUGGUCUUUUAGCAAUGUGACAAACGGGAACUGCCCCUUAGGGAAUGCCUUUUAUACAUCUCUUAAUUCAAUGUUGUUGCUUUCUUUUGAUCUGUUAAUCUAGAAAAAGCAUUUCAGUCAUCUUCAGAGACCUGAUGGGUGAAGGAGAGUGUGUAAAAUGUAUUCUUGGGCAGCCUUAUUCACUUUUCUUAGUGAUUGCUCUAAACUACAUACUUUUUGUUCUGUUUUACUGCACAGUAAUCUGUUGGAAGAAUGGGGAAGACAGUACUUUCAUACCUUAUCAUACCUGAAACUUCCAUUCAGUUGCUCUGAAGGUUCAUGAAGAGACUGAGGUAGUAGUCAGUGUGUAAAGUUUUCCAUAUUGCUACCUCAAGACAAAAUAUGGCACAGGGACCCAGAACAGAGUUAUUUGUUUGUUCCAAAAGAUGAUACUUUGUGUUUUGGGUUUAUUUUUUUUCAGUUUGAGCAGUGUUGUAGGUUAGUGAGAGAGGAUCUGAUUUUUGAACUUUUCAGUUUAUCAGUCUGUUAAUAUUGGUGUACAUGGAUUUCUAGUUCUGCCAAAUCAUCAUUUUUCUUUUCUGGAACUUUCCUUAAGUAAGAGACACCUGUGAAAAGUUCUGCUAUAUUAUCAGUUUUCCUUGCCAACCUGUCAGGUCACACAGCUAAGGAGGAACUUGCUCAAUGCUACUUCAUAGCCUUUUUAAGGAUUCUUAAUGUGAUGAGAAAUCUCAUUUAGUCCAGCCUGCCCUUUGUGAAGACAAGAUUCACUCAAAUAGUUUCAUGCUACCUAAGAACAAGCUGCAUUACCUUAAAAUGUCUGGUAAAUCCUGAUUUAGAUUACCAGUAUCUAUGUGGGAGUACAGAGGGAGAAUACAUACCACCAUGGCGAAGGUGACCUGAAAGCAGAAAACAGUUGAAGUUGUGAUAGAUCUCUUUGGUGCAGCCAGCCUCCAUGUAGAAUGGUGGAGAAAGUUGUAACUGAGAUUUUCUUGUAAGCAUUCCUAUUGAUAACUGCUGUAUCACUUAUUCUAACUUGAGCCUGUGCACUAAACUGCAGCUGACAGUAUAACCCUGUCCUCCAAAUUGAAUAUUCAGGCAUUGUUUUAGUUGUUCUAUAAACCAGUUGCAAAGCAGUGCAUUACAUUCAGCAGUGAGGCUCAGCUAGUUUAUUCUGUCAUAAUUUACAGAUUUUUUUCAAAAUCAUAUACAGCUGGAGUGUCAAAAUCAGAAAC